AAUAGAGAGAGGCGAACUUGAAAGUUCACAACACUUUUGGAUUUAGUUCAGUGCAAAUCUAGCCAAAAGCUAGUGUUAUAGUCACAUACUCACACCAUGGCUUCUCGUUUUUUGAUUGCUUCAUUCCUUGUGUUAACCCUUCUAGGACUCUGUUUAGCAGGUGGUCACGGAGGAGGAGAACACAAACGAGUCAUCAUCCACGUCCCAUUCAAAGUGAAGCACAUUCACCACACCCACACAGUCGUCAAGCACGUCGGCCAUGAAGGAGGCGGCGGCGGUGGCGGAGAAGAAUACAAAGUCAUCGGUUACUCCGGAGGCAUCGACGACGGUGAAGUUGUAGCCCAUGGAGGUGGAGGUGGCGGUGAUUUUGGCGGACACGGACACGGAUGGGAAGGUGGAAUCGGAGGAGGCAGCAUUGGAGGCGGUCAUGGAAUCGAAAUCGGGCACGCAGGAGGUCAAGAAGGAGGAAUUGGUGGAGGUCACGGUUAUGGCCAUGCUCUUGAAUCACAAGGAAGCGCCUUAGGCGGUCACGGAGCAAGCUUAAGCGCCUUAGGCGGACAUGGAGCAGGCUUAAGUGAUGGGGGUAUCGAUUACUCAGCAUCAAGUCAUGGUCUUGGAUCAUACGGCGGCGGCGGCUUCGACCAGAACUCCAUCUCUCAAGACGGAGGACACGACUUCAGUGGAGGCCUAGGAGCAGAAGGAGGCGGUUACGAAAGUGCGGGAAGCGAAGGACAUGGUGGCUACGAAUAAACCCUAAGUAGUUAUUAUUUCUUGUUACAAGUACCAAGACUAGUCUUCUUUGUUUUUGUUGUUGUAAUAAUUGUAAAUGUUUUUUGGGAAUAUUCGUGUUUGGAGCUGCAAAAAGUACUGAGGAUAUUUUCGAAAAAUAUUUGCAGAUAUUAUGGUUGUUGUAUAAUAUUAUUUAUUAGUUGUUAAGCUAUUACCUCUGUACCUAAUAAAGCUAUUUAUGUUUCUCUUUUAAAA